UUUUUUUUUUUACUCCCCCCUCUCCUCCUUACCUUCUUCUUCGAGACGCUGCCUCCCCGUCAGUUGUUCAACAUGGCAGCUAACGUACCCCCCUCCGCAGAGACUUUGCUCAGCGGUGCCGCCGCUCACCCCCCCAAGACCGCUGAAGAGAUCGCCAAUCAGUAUGACCUACUACCCAAGUUGAUCCCUUUCCUCGACCGUCAUCUUGUUUUCCCUUUGCUUGAAUUCAGCUCCGGGCAGGACGAUGACAAGGAGAUUGUGCGGGCGAAGUAUGAGUUGCUGAAGCAUACGAACAUGACCGACUAUGUCGCCAACCUGUGGAAGGAAAUCAACAACUCCGAUACCAUUCCCGACGAAUUUGUCAAGAAGAGGGAGGAAGUUCUCGCUAAAUUGCAACACUACCAGGAGGAGAGCGCCAAGAUCACCGAACUGCUGCAGGAUGAGGAUGUCGUCGGCAACCUGCGGAGUGACAAGGCUGCGAACUUGAAAUUCCUUGAGGAACAACACGGGGUUACCACUGAGAUGGUCAAUAGCCUCUUCGACUACGGACGCUUCCAGUACAGUUGCGGUAGCUACGGUAAUGCCGCCGAACUGCUGUAUCAGUUCCGUGUCCUUUCCACCGACAAUGACAAGGUUGCCUCGGCCACAUGGGGUAAGCUUGCCUCCGAGAUUCUGACCACCAGCUGGGAGGCUGCCAUGGAGGAAGUCCAGAAGGUCAAGGAUUCGAUUGAAACCCGGCUAUUCAACAAUCCCCUGGGUCAGCUGCAGAACCGCUCCUGGUUGAUCCACUGGUCUCUGUUCCCCUUCUUCAACCACGACCCCGCCCGCGAUGUUCUGACCGACCUUUUCUUCUCUCCUGCCUAUAUCAACACCAUUCAGACCCACUGCCCUUGGAUUUUGCGGUACCUUGCUGCGGCUGUUAUCACCAACCGCAGCCGUGCACACAAGAACAGCAGUCUCUACCAGAAGCAGCUGAAGGACCUGAUCCGGGUGGUCCGCCAGGAGGGCUACGAAUACACCGACCCUAUCACCGACUUUGUUAAGGCUUUGUACGUCGAUUUUGAUUUCGAGGAGGCUCAGAGGAAGCUGGGUGAGGCUGAGGAUGUGUUGCGGAGCGAUUUCUUCCUUGUCUCUGCGGCCGAUGCCUUCGUGGAGGCUGCCCGUCACCUUAUCUCCGAGAGCUACUGCAAGAUCCACCAACGGAUUGAUAUCAAGGACCUCUCCACCCGUCUCGGUCUGAACCAGGAUGAGGGCGAGAAGUGGAUUGUUAACCUCAUUCGCGACACCAGGGUCGAUGCCAAGAUCGACUACAAGGAAGGCACAGUGAUCAUGAACCACCCCCCUCAGUCGGUGUAUCAACAGGUCAUUGAGAGGACCAAGGGCGCCUUCUUCCGGACACAAGUCUUAAGCUCGGCCGUCGCAAAAUAAAAUAAAAAAACCCUUACUAAGCUUUAGAACAAGGAUUCGUCUUUUACCGUUCUCUUGUUGGUUCUGUUCAUGUUAGUAUUCCCCCGCGGCCUGCGGGUUUGUUGAGUGAUGGGACCAAGCAGAGUGGCAUCAGGCUGGCGUUCAGGUGGUCCACUUUUCAUGUUCUCUUUCUUUUCCUUCCACUUGUCUUUUAAUCUCUUGCACCGAUGUAGUUGCUGGGCACCUCCUGUCGUGACCUUUGUUAUGAAACUCCGAUUGAAAGAUCAUCGGUUAAACCUUUACAUACCAGGGGAGCUUUAAAACGCGGAAAGGAGAAAAAAGGAGAGAAGCGGCAAACACAGAAGGGGAAAAAAAGAAAGAAGGGAAGGAAGAACGAGCAGUACAGUAUUCUUCUUUCUUUUCAUUGAUGGGGGGGCGGGGUAACGGACUGAUCCUCCUUUUUCUUAAUUUUUUUUCUUUGCAUGUUUUCCUACGAUAUAAAAUCUGCUUCCAUGUGAUUGAUCUAUGCUGUUACGAAUGAUCUAUAGAGACGAGUGGAAUUAUAAUCCUGUGGUUUUGAUUCAUCGGUCUAGAUCGUCCCUCUUUUCUCCAGUAGUGUCUAUCGGUAAGAGUGAGGUGGUCUACAUCGGAAGCCCUAACAUCUAGCUCACUGGAUCUUUGAGAACCAUCCAUCCUACAUAGAGAUAAUGUACCAACCCAGUUG